GUAAUUAGUAAAUUCUCAGAUAGGCGAGGCGAGGUGACGUUGAAUUGAACCAAAGCAGCUUGGCCAGCCUGUUUGCAAGGCUGAACAAUUCCUCCACACUCCUCCACCUCAACGGGCAACGCCUAUUAAACUGUGCGAUACCACUCCAGCUAUAAUUGCCAAUUGAACAAAACUCUCGAAUAAAUAGCCUCAUUCCGCAAGAUCGUCUCUCACGCCACUAUCUACGCGUCGUCUCCACACAAGCGAUUGACGCGGCACAGGGUCGAAUGUUAACGACAAAGCGUCAACAACCGCCCCGAAGCGAUAUCCAACUCCACGACACGUCGAAGCAUUGAGCGUGUCCAAUGGCUACCCCGACGCCUGUCGGAAAGCAUCCUGCCGGCCUCGGGGCAGGCUUGACGCCACCUGUCUCCACGCCUUUCUCGGCGAGCAAAUCAGUCAACCUCUCGCCUCAGCAGUACAAGAAGAGCCCCGCAAACUCGAACCAGUACGCGCACCCGACAGCCUCCUCGUUCGGCGGAAUAAAUUUUGACAGCCCGACUACAGCAGCGGCUUUGGCAACACUGCCGCUGGGAGACCUGGGGCUCGAUGCAUCGGCUGGUGGAUUGGGGGGUGGGCUGGGACAUCUGGGCGGGGGGUUGGGGCUGGGGGCUGGGCUGGGCGGGCUACAAGGGAUCGGAAGGCUUGAUGAGGAUGAGCGAAAGAGGAGGAAGUUGAUGCAGAUUGUUGAUACCCUAAAAGCAGUGAAAGGCAGGGUCAGCGAGGAUGGUAUCGAGAGGCUGGCACGGUCCGUGGGUUUGGAGUGUUUAUGGGAGACUGGGAUGGGGAGGGGAGGGAAGUCAAAGACUCUCAUUAUCGCUGGGACUGGAUUGUCGAUCGAUAUUGAGUUCACGGAUAAUGUCGUCGAGACGGUAACGCUCGGAUUCCCGGAGAGCCCAGAGAGUGUGACGCGACAUGCAGACCAAGCGGGGAAGAUUCUACUCGACGAUCUGAAGCUCGGCAAGGACGAAACCGUGUUGACGAAACGGGUGGACCGAUUUGCGGGAAACCUGGAUAGGAUGGCGAGAUUGGACAAACUCAGUGUGAUGCCCCAGCUGAACUGUCACGAGGCAAUUGCCGGAAUAUAUGACAGCUUAGAGAAGCUACACAAGUGGGAAGUGGCCAGGCUGACGGAGGAGGAGGCAAUGUCAGGUAAGACACAAGAGCAAAUCGUGAGGGCUGCGCUGUUGCAGAAGAGCGGCCGACCUGCCAUGAAUGCCCAUGGUAGUGUCGGGCUCUGCUUGGAGUACUGGCAAGAGAGGCACGCUACUGCACAGGGAGAAAGUUGCAAAACAUGGUCGCUACUUCUUGAAUGUGACCAGUCGUCAUCCAUGGUCUACCCUCCUGUUCGCGUUUCUUCAGCAUGGAUCUCACCUUCCGUCGCCAAAUCCAAUCCAACGGCUGACGACGUCCUCCUUUCAGCCUCCGAUGUCGUUCUCGACUGGCAAGAUCCUCCAAACAUCUUUCUCCCUUCGGACCCCGACCAGAAGGAUGACAGUGGCAUGGAAGGCAUCGAACAGCCAGGCCAGCUACCCAAUCAAAAAUUCCCAGAUGUGCGCUUUGUGGCCAAGUUCAGCCCGCCCUUAACCUUACCCUACAGCGUAGCAAUGCAAAUCUACGACUCGACUGGCGCACACCUUGAGCCGGAUGCUUUAGCGGCAUUCGAUGCUCUUGCCUUCCCACCCCAAACCGCGGAACCGAGCGAACCAGAUGGUGCCCACCGAAGAAUACGGAAGGAGCAACUAGUCAGUGUGUAUAACCGCGCAGGCAAGCAUGAAAAGCAGUGCCACACAAACACGCUCACUAUUCCAAAAAUGGAAUACGCUCUAACGUUAACGGAGGUGCCGUUCAGUCAUCCGAGGGAGCUAGUGCAAAUGCUACCCAUUUUGAGGCAAUAUACCAGACUAUCUACGCUACUUGAAAGAAGCUUUGGGUCGAAAUAUACAUCGGACCACAAAACGGAGAGCGAGGAUGUACCAGGAGAGGAGAUUACCGUGAAGGACGAGUUUGACGCCUUCAUGGCGGAGGCCAGCGACAAGGAUAAAGAGCUACAGUUUACGAAAAUACCCGUCGACGUCAGCUUAUACACUCAGCCAGGACCAAGCCUAAGGAUAAUCUUCCCCGUUGGUCCACGGAUAGCGGACAUUUUAGUGGGGAUCGAAUCGAACGGUUCACUUAGUGUUGUCUCACAGAACAUUCUUCCCGAUGGAGAUGGCGUGAUGGAAACCACCAAGACGAAAUCUCUGACCGUGGAUGAUCUAGGAAGGAUAUUGGAAACGUGCGAAGAUAUUGGGAUAUUUGCGGAGUUUCUGCGGCAGAGACUGGUAUGAGUAAUAGAGAAUGUGCCAGAUUGCGGAGAAGAGACCCCUUACGCUGAGGCCAUAGAAUAGGCGAUGACGAUGAUACCCACAAAUAAGAUUCAAUAAGCU